CCCCAUUAUUUCAUCUAUUUUAGAACAAAAGAAGAUUUUUUCAAGUUGACAAAUCAGGUCAGCAAAACGAAGAGUUUAAAAAAUCAUACAUUGAAAAUGGAAAAGCUAUAUUAACUUGUAGGAGCAAUCAUUGAAGUGAUUUUAUGAUUGGUAAUACUCACCAUAACUAGGGUUUCUUCCGCCAUUGAUGCUCCUAAGAAUCAUUGAUUGGGUGAACCAAAGUAGUGAAGACUUGAAGUAAUUUCAAGAAGGCUGUGCUUUUUUACCUCUGAAACAAAGAUGAAAAAGGAAUUGGAGAAGAAGGGUUUUUGAGAGAGAGGAGGGAAAUCUACCACUUUGGGUGAAAGAGCGCGCCUUUUUCCCCCUUCAAGAAUCACGUGCGGAUCACAUGUUAUAUCUCAGUUAGUUUUCUAACGGGAGGUGGAGUUCUCAGUUAGUGAGACUAAAUGUGCUCAGAUUUUGCAAACUUAAAGGAUAUAUAGUGUUCAAGGUUAUAUUUAAAGGACAAAGUUAAACCUAACCUAAAGAUAAGGGAUAUUUUUGGCCAAAAACUCCUUGGUGGAAGGCCAAAAUUGCCAUAUUGAAAGGUUUGGGGGGUCAAACUAGAAGAUGAAGAGGAAAUAAAAAUAAAGAAUGUCCGCUUGAUCGUAGUGGUUAGAUGUACUUGAAGCAACUAGUGCAAGUGCGGCGACUGUUUCCAGCGUUACAUUCGCCAGCGCCGUAAGCUCCUUCAUCCACUCUAAGCUCCACCAUCGUCCAUAUUUUAACGAUGGAAGGUGUGGAUGCAUCCAAUUUGAACUUGGAAAAUGUGGGACCACUAGUUAAUGGUGGGGAAGUGGAUGGUUUUAGAUGCAGUAUUGAUGAGCUAGUCAUGAAAGUCGAUAAGCUUGAACAAAGAGUGAAUGAAGUUGAGAAGUUCUACCUGAAUACAAGUAUAAAGCAACCAAACACCUCAAAGAAUACUUCUUCAGGAAAACAGAAAUAUAAGGAUAAACAUGUUCCGGGCUUUAAGAAGCUACAACAAGAAGCAUCACGCAGAGAGGCUGCUGCGGCUAAGAGGAUGCAGGAGCUUAUGCGCCAGUUUGGCACAAUAUUGCGCCAGCUCACUCAGCACAAAUGGGCUUGGCCUUUUAUGCAGCCAGUUGAUGUUGAAGGACUUGGAUUGCAUGACUAUUAUUCGAUUAUUGACAGGCCCAUGGACUUUAGUACAAUAAAGAAUCAAAUGGAGGCCACGGAUGGUGCCGGUUAUAAGCAUGUCAGAGAGAUUUGUGCUGAUGUUAGACUGGUUUUCAUGAAUGCAAUGAAGUACAAUGAUGAAAAGAGUGAUGCUCAUCUGAUGGCGGAAACAUUACUAGAAAAAUUUGAGGAGAAAUGGUUGCAACUUCUGCCAAAAGUUAAUGAGGAGGAAAAAAGACGAGAAGAGGAGGAAGCAGAAGCUCAACUGAAUAUGCAGCUUGCUCAGGAGGCUGUUCAUGCCAAAAUAGCCAGGGAUCUGUGUAACGAGCUUUAUGAAGUUGAUACACACGUGGAGGAACUCAGAGAGAUGGUGGUUAGAAGAUGCAGGAAAAUAUCAAUAGAGGAGAAGAGAAAUCUAGGGAUAGCUCUCACAAAGUUAUCUCCGGACGAUCUUAGUAAGGCGCUGGAGAUAGUAGCACAAAAUAACCCACUAUUUCCAGCUUCAGCAGAAGAGGUGGAACUUGACAUUGAUGCUCAGAGUGAAUUGACAUUGUGGAGGCUAAAGUUCUUCGUCAAGGAUGCAUCAGAAGUUCAGGGCAAGAGUUCAAGCAAAGGUGACAACAGUAACUCAGCCAAUGUAGCCGCUAGUAAUCCUAAUAUUAGUGCUGCCUCCAAAAGAAAAAAGGAGAUUUGUGAUGCUCUUGUUAAGAAUGCCAAGAAACGAAAUAAAAAACCCUCUAAAUGAAUUUGUUUAUGAAACAGGCUGCAGCUUAGGCGUGCAGUUCAUGUGUAUCAUCAUCUGAAGAAAAAGUUUAUUUGUCUAAUCAUGUUCAUUCACAACUGAAUGAAUGAAUGAAUGAAAGAAUGAGACAUUUGAAACGAAAA